UCUCUACAAUCUUCUUUGCAAACUGCACUUGCGGGGUUUCUCUCUCUCUCUCUCUCUCUCUCUCUGCGCGCGUGUUAACCAUACAUAUAUAUACAACAUACACACACAUAUAUAUAUCUGAGCUAGCUAGCUAGCUGGCCAACCCCACCUCUCUUUCAUUCUUAGCUAUAUAACCAAACUCUACAAUAAGGUUUCUGCAGCUUCUUCUUUGUAAACUGCAAACUGCACGUUCUUACUGAGAAGAUAUAUAUAUACCUUGAUAUAUAAUUAAUAAGAAAGAGAUAUUGAAGAAUGUGGAAGCUUAAGGUUGCAGAUGGAGGGAAUGACCCUUACAUCUACAGCACAAACGACUUUGUGGGGAGGCAGAUAUUUGAGUUUGAUCCCGAGGCAGGAACUCCCGAAGAGCGAGCUGAGGUGGAAGAAGCUCGUCUUAAUUUUUACAAUAAUCGCUAUGAGGUCAAGCCUAGCAGUGACCUCCUAUGGCGUAUGCAGUUCCUAAAAGAGAAGAACUUCAAGCAGACAAUUCCCCCAGUAAAGGUUGAGGAUGGCGAGGAAAUCACAUAUGAAAAGGCAACAGCCUCACUGAGAAGAUCUGUUAACUUCUUUUCAGCCUUGCAGGCAAGUGAUGGCCAUUGGCCUGCUGAAAAUGCUGGCCCAUUGUUCUUCCUUCCUCCUUUGGUCAUGUGUGCAUACAUUACAGGGCAUCUUAAUACUGUAUUCCCAGCAGAGCAUCGAAAAGAAAUUAUGCGUUACAUAUACUAUCAUCAGAAUGAAGAUGGUGGUUGGGGAUUACAUAUUGAAGGCCACAGCACCAUGUUCUGCACAGCUCUGAGCUACAUUUGUAUGCGCAUUCUUGGAGAAGGACCUGAUGGAGGCCAAGACAAUGCUUGUGCAAGAGCGAGGAAAUGGAUUCUUGACCAUGGUAGUGUUACACACAUUCCCUCUUGGGGAAAGACUUGGCUUUCGAUACUUGGUGUUUUUGAGUGGUCUGGUAGCAACCCAAUGCCCCCAGAGUUUUGGGUUCUGCCUUCAUUUCUUCCUAUGCAUCCAGCAAAAAUGUGGUGCUAUUGUAGGAUGGUUUACAUGCCUAUGUCAUAUUUAUAUGGGAAAAGGUUUGUUGGUCCAAUCACACCUCUCAUUCUGCAGUUAAGGGAAGAACUUUAUGCUCAACCUUACAAUGAAAUUAAUUGGAAGGGAGUUCGCCAUCACUGCGCGAAAGAGGAUAUCUACUACCCUCACCCUUGGAUACAGGACAUCAUGUGGGAUAGUCUCUACAUAUGUACAGAGCCUCUUCUUAAUCGCUGGCCGUUUAACAAGUUGAUCAGAGAAAAAGCUCUUCAAGUAACAAUGAAGCAUAUUCAUUAUGAAGAUGAAAACAGCAGAUAUAUUACCAUUGGGUGUGUGGAAAAGGUGUUAUGUAUGCUUGCUUGUUGGGCUGAAGAUCCAAAUGGAGACUAUUUUAAGAAGCAUCUUGCUAGGAUCCCAGAUUAUUUAUGGGUUGCUGAAGAUGGGAUGAAGAUGCAGAGUUUUGGUAGUCAAGAGUGGGAUACUGGGUUUGCAAUUCAAGCUUUGCUUGCUAGCAAUCUCACUGAUGAAAUUGGACCUACGCUCGCUAGAGGACAUGAUUUCAUCAAGAAAUCUCAGGUCAAGGACAAUCCAUCUGGUGACUUCAAAAGCAUGUACCGCCAUAUUUCCAAGGGAUCAUGGACUUUCUCUGAUCAAGACCAUGGAUGGCAAGUUUCUGAUUGCACUGCAGAGGGUUUAAAGUGUUGCCUAUUGUUCUCGGUGAUGCGACCGGAUAUAGUUGGUGAAAAAAUGGAACCUGAGCGAUUAUAUGAUUCUAUCAAUGUCCUACUUUCCCUACAGAGUAAAAAUGGUGGUUUGGCAGCCUGGGAACCAGCAGGAGCUGCAGAUUGGUUAGAAAUGUUAAAUCCCACUGAAUUCUUCGAGGACAUUGUGGUUGAGCAUGAAUAUGUUGAAUGCACUUCAUCUGCAAUUCAGGCUUUGGUUCUGUUUAAGAAGUUGUACCCUGGGCACAGAAAGAGAGAGAUUGAUCAUUUCAUUACCAAUGCUACGCAGUACCUUGAAAGUAUACAAAUGCCAGAUGGUUCAUGGUAUGGAAAUUGGGGAGUUUGCUUCACGUAUGGUUCCUGGUUUGCCCUUGGAGGGUUAGCAGCUGCCGGCAAGACUUUCAAUAAUUGUUUAGCCAUGCGCAAGGGGGUUAACUUUCUACUCAAAACACAGAGAGAGAAUGGUGGUUGGGGAGAGAGCUACCUUUCAUGUCCCAAAAAGGAGUACGUUCCGCUUGAAGGAAACCGAUCAAAUUUAGUACACACUGCAUGGGCUAUGAUGGGUCUGAUUCAUGCUGGACAGGCACACAGAGACCCUGCACCUCUUCAUCGCGCGGUGAAGUUGAUUAUCAAUUCUCAAAUGGAAAAUGGGGAUUUUCCCCAACAGGAAAUCACAGGAGUGUUCAUGAAGAACUGCACGCUACAUUAUGCAGCUUACAGAAAUAUCUACCCUCUGUGGGCUCUUGCAGAGUACCGCAAGUGGGUCCCAUUGCCUUCCAAAGCCUAAAUACUGUAUUGUGCAGCUCAUCCAACUUGAAGGAUGCAACAUAUAUAUAAGAGCCAAUUGUGGAAAUUCAUUUUUAUGAGGCUCAGCUUGA